AUGCGACGCGGCCGUCCUGCAGGCGGGGCGGUGCGCGUGCUGGCGCUGGACGCCGCGCAGCCGUUUGACUUUGAGCAUCGGGCGCGGCAGAAGCUGGCCAAGGAGCAGCAGCUGACAGUCGGCAUCGUCGGCUUUGGGACAUUUGGCCAGUUCAUCGCCAAGCGGAUGGUGCUGGCCGGCCACAGGGUGCUGGCCACCAGCCGCAGCCCCUACCAAAUGCAGGCACGGUCAAUCGGGGUUGAUUUCUACCAGGAUGUGGACGACUUCUGCGAGGAGCACCCAGAGGUCGUCAUCCUCUGCUCAUCCAUCCUCUCAACCGCGGCAGUGCUGCGGUCCCUGCCCGUGCAGCGGCUCAAGCGCAACACCCUCUUUGUCGACGUCCUCUCGGUCAAGGCGUUCCCCAAGCAGCUGCUACUGCGGGAGCUGCCCCCAGAAAUGGACAUCCUAUGCACCCACCCCAUGUUUGGUCCUGACAGCGGCAAGGGCAGCUGGAGGGGCCUCAACUUCAUGUAUGAGGUCGUGAGGGUUGGGGGCGACGCCGGGCGGAUGGCGCGGAUAGAGAACCUGCUGCGGUUUUUCCGGUCUGAGGGCUGCCGCAUGGUGGAGAUGACGUGUGAGGAGCACGACAGGCAGGCCGCGUCGACGCAGUUCGUCACGCACACGGUGGGCCGCAUGCUGGGCGAGAUGGAGCUGUCGUCGACUGACAUCAACACGCGGGGCUUUGAGGCGCUGCUGAACCUCGUGGAGAACACCAGUCAUGACUCAUUCGACCUGUACUACGGCCUCUUCCUCUACAACGCCAACGCGACGGAGGAGCUGCAGCGGCUGGAGAUGGCGUUUGACCGGGUCAAGAAGCAGCUGCUCGGCCGCAUGCAUGACAUCGUGCGGCAGCAGCUGCAGCUGCCCGAAGCUGGCGAGCCGCACCCCGGGUCCCCUGGCAGCCAGUCUCCGCCGUCGCCGCAGCAGCAGCAGCAGCAGCAGCGGCUGCUGUCUGCUGUGGGGCAGCCGCCGGUGCUUGACUUUGGGGGGCGGGGCGGCGCGGGCAGCAGCAGCAGCGCAGGAGAGGCCGUUCAAGUGGAGGUGCUUGCGCCAGAGCAGCAGCGGUGA